ACGAUUUUGACAAGCGUAAACUUUAUGAUGCUUAUUGGGAAGAGGACGAUUCGACGUGUCCUGGUUUCUACAAGGCUUAUAUCUUACAUAUGACAGAAACAGAAGAGGAGAUGAGCACCUUGCAGAAGAACAGGUGUAAAGCACCUCAGAAGCCACGUUCGGCAGUUGACGUCCAAGUGAGGAAGAAGGCAAAGAUUGACAAACAGGCGAGGAGUCACGCAAAAAGGUCAACAGAAGCACACAUGCUUUGUUCUGCUGGUCUGGAGAACAGGCCCCCAAAGCAGAAUAAAGUCCAAGAACUGGAAAAGGAAGUUCAACGCUUGCAGGGAGAAGUCGCCACAUUGACUGAUCUCAACAGGAAACUACAAAAGGCACUCUGCUCAAAGAUAUUUGAAGCUGGUGAGGAAAACUACGUUUUUAUUUGUGAAACUACAUACACUCACGACCUGUAAAAAUUCAGAAUUUGUGGUCCAUCGUGAAUACAACUAAUUAGUAUCACAAAUAAUUAAUUACUACCUAUAUUGGUUCAUAAUGUAAAGGAAUUACGCCUAACAAAACAUUUUAAUUUGCAAGAAGCAGUGAAGAACUCGAAGAAGGGUUGUGUCAGCCCUGCACGGUUGCAACCAUACACGACAACCCCACAUCCUGUGGCACAGAGUAAGAUGAUCUUGUCAAUGUUUGAACAAGUCUGCUAAGUUGCAUUUGCAUGCAGACAAAAGCAGUGCCAAAAAAUUCUUAAGCUGGUACACCUAGCUCUGAUUAGUAGUAAAAUUAUGUAACUUC